UGUAUGGUGGUGGCAAGAGUGUUUGUUUGUUUGUUUACCUUUGCCAAAAUCUCUGAGCCUCUUCUUCUCAUUUCAUUUCCUAUCACCACUUUUUUUUUGGGUAUCAUCAUUUCAUCUCUGUGUAGUACACAACUUGCUGUGAUUUUGCUGCAGGAAUCAGGGUUCCGUUAUUUUACUAUUUCAAAACCAUACAACACAAAGUACGCAACCACAGGAACUUGCUCUCGGCAGAGCAGUGCAGUGCAUAGGUCGCAAUUUCGGCAACGCAACACAGCGUUGCCAGCACCAUCCCUUUAUCUUUUCCGGAGAAGACAUUGUUUAAGAUUUAAAAUGUAGCUUUAUUUUUAAUGUUUAUGUUUUUUGUUUAGCCCCACAGAGUUCACAGGCUGAGGUCUGCUUCAUAUGCCUCCACUUUUUUCGUACCUUCUGUCCCCUUCCCUCAACUCCUUCACCCAACUUGUUCUGCACCACCCUCUUUCUUAAUUUCACGCUCUGCUCUCUUUUUAACUUAACCCUUUUCUUCUUCAAAUUACCACACUCCCCCCCUUCAAUUACUCUCUCAACCAUAUCUAUUCAAUUCAUAAAUUCACCCUACAUUUCUCACUCUUCUAAAAACGUGUCUUCUCUCCCUUCUACCUUUAUUUAUUCUCUUCUCCUCCCCCGUGUCCCAAAGGAAUAUCUCUCUCAUCAUCCCUUUUUCCCUUUCACUUUUCUCCACUUCUUCACUUCACACCUUCCUCCCUCCACCCUUGUUUUCCAACGUCAAUGCUUUGUUACUCUUCCCUACCAUGACUACGCCACCACCCACCAAGUACACUCACCACACCAAACUACUCACCCAAACACACCCACCAAAAAACCCAUGUCCCAGACUAGUCAGAAUAACCGUCACUGACACUGACGCCACCGACUCCUCCAGCGAUGAAGAGCAAACCUUCCACUCUUCCAAACGCCAACGCCACAGGAGAUUCAUCAACGAGAUUUCCAUCGAGCCCUGUACCACCGAGAACAACAACGGCGACACCAACGGCGGCAACGGCGUCUUUUCUAAGAAGAGAGUUCGAAGAAGGAGUGUGGUGGGCAAAGGCAGGACUGCAGAGACUCCGCGCGUGUCCACCGGAAAGAAAUUCCGCGGUGUGAGACAAAGGCCAUGGGGAAAAUGGGCUGCGGAGAUACGAGACCCGUCGCGACGCGUAAGGUUAUGGUUGGGUACCUACGACACUGCCGAGGAAGCCGCCUUAGUGUAUGACAACGCGGCCAUUAAGCUGCGUGGACCCGACGCGCUCACCAAUUUCAUAAUGCCACCUGCUACGUGGCACAACAAAGACCAGACGCCGGUGUCCAACGCUUCUUCCUCUGCUGAGGACACCGUAACUCAGAACAAAAACCUGUUUUCUCCCACCUCCGUACUUCACUCUUGUUCUUUGUCUGAGGAAGCUGAAUCCGUGGCCGGCAAAGACGAUGAAUCCUCAUCCGUGUCAGAGAGUUCCAAGGCCAAAGCUGAGUCACCGUUUCCGGUUCCGAUUCCCAAUGAACUAAAAUUUGACUUCCCAGACUUUUUGGCGGCGCCGGACGUGUACGGCGAGUUGGGUGGCGCUGCGGCGGCCGAGAGUGUUUUGUUCCCGGAUGAUGAGUGGUCUGGUUUGUUUCUCACUGCUUGUGAGGAUUUCGGUUUGAAAAGUUGGCAUACGGACAGAAAUCAUGACUUUUUCCAAGAUAUCGAUGAUUUAUUUGUCUCCGAUCCUCUUCUUGCUCUUUGAAAUCAUGAGUUCCUUAUAUAACACACAGAUUCCCGUCCUUGUCUUGCCCCUCAAAUCGGCAAAUUUUGUACCGGCGGGUAAUCAUAGCAAUGUAAUCACUAAUAGUUUUUUUUGUCACUUUUUUUCCUGUUAUUCUCCUUGUCGCCCUUUCUAAAAUUGUAACAGUGAUGUAGUGACUGUGUUCCAUCCUUCAAAGGUUGGAGCUUUUCAGUUUAUAAUACUAAUUAAUGAAUUUAAAUUGUUAGUUCUUUUAUUUUUAAA